CUCAGUCUUUCUGACCCCUCGAUUCUGUUCGUUCCGACAGAGCAAAUCCCAACUACUGAAGUACAGCCACUGACACUCUUUUUCGUAAGGCGCUGCACACAUAAGUAUCGAAUUGCCAAAAAUCCGUAUUUAAUGACAUAAAGAUUCCGUUCAUUCGACGACGAUUAACUUAGAAAAUAUAUCUUCAAAUUUUGUUAGACAUUGUCGCGAAUUUAUUGGGAGUGGAGCUGUCUGUGCGGGCGUGUGUGUGGAUUAUGUGGACCGUUAGUAAAAGAUAGCUUAGUUGGAGGCGAAUAUACUAUAGACCAAAGCUUGAGAUCAGAUGGAUCUCUAUCGGGCACGAUCCUCACUGGUUCGUUUUGCGCUUCGUGCGUGCGUUCUACUACUGUUCCUUAUAAUUUACAAGUACUUCAAUGAUCGUUCGUGAGAGGCGACCUCAACCUAAUACAGGUCCACAGAACGCUAAAUCGGAAUAGCAAAUAAGUGUAGUGUAUCCUGGAACUGCCGCCCUACCGCAAGUUGACAAAAAAACAAAACAGCGUAUUACCUUUAAGUGAUAUGAGAGUUUAGGCGAGGUUAUUCGUAACUGAUCACUGUAUCAUGCAGAAAUGCGAGUUAUCAGUGGGACUAUAAGCUGAGCAACGAAAAGCUUUCUCGUUCUGGCAACCCUUUCGCAAUCUCGUAACAAAUUGUUUUCAAAAAAGAGUUAAAACAGGAAAAACUGCUAUGAUCAACUUUGCUUCUUAACAUUAAAUUGUGGCAAUCACGUUUAUGACCUUGAUAUAUGUGUCCUUGUGUGUCUUCAUGUGAAAAAGUCGAUGCACUCCGCAUCGUAGAUCGGCUUUUUUUAAGUUUAAGAGUACUCUAUAAUUAGGUGGAUUCAAGUUCGCAUCAUGCAGGCAAACUGACACCGGGGUGAGGACGGCCAUUGAAUUGCCUCACGCGAGUCACCGGAUACACGCACACCGUGCUAGUAAUGCCCGGCUGCUAGUAUACAAGUACUAGGUCUGAAAACGAGCGUGUACGCCACCUUUGCCUGCUCCUAUCGAGACAGCCAGAUAUCAUGGAGGCUGACGCGACAACGAGUGAGCUUCCCUUGACAAGCACAAUACAACAAACCGUUAAUUUCUUUAGGCAUACGGUUACAGCUCCCGUGCAGACGGAAAACACAAUCUCAUUAGCCACCGCAAUCGAGGAGGUAACUGGCCCACCUCUGCUGGCAACGAUUCGAGACGGCCCGGAUUGGGAUAGCCACCGCACGACGCUCACCUUGACAGCUUGCGUUGCCCUUCUAAUUGCCGUGUGCGGUUUCGCUGGCAACGUGUUAACCAUAAUUGCCCUCACUUCCAACAAAGGGCCGCCCGCCAAGCUGCGGAAAAAUGCAUCGAACUUAUUUAUCGUGUCAUUGUCGCUUGCUGAUCUCAUGUUCUCUGCGGUGAACAUGCCCUUCGCUGCAUCACGCUUCUUUCAUCGUGAAUGGAUACAUGGCGAUUUCCUUUGUCGGCUGUUUCCAUUUUUCCGGUAUAUGAAUGUCGGCCUGUCUCUUCUGUCCAUCACAGCCAUUACCAUUAAUCGAUAUAUUUUAAUUGGACAUCGGCGAUUGUACGAUCGAAUAUACCGCCAACAAGCCAUCUACCUCAUGAUUGGUUUUACAUGGAUCUUCCCAAUUGUAGUUCUUGUCCCCACUUGGUUCGGCCGAUGGGGCACGUUUGGCUACGACCCCACCAUACUUAAUUGCUCGAUUCUUGAGGUGAAUGGUAGAUCGCCAAAGUACUUUCUGUUCGUAUCUGCUUUUCUCGUGCCAUGUUUCACAAUCAUCGUCUGCUACGCCCGAAUCUUCUUCAUCGUGCACCGAAGUAAAGUGAAAAUGACCUCGCAUGCACGAACCACGGAGCAAAGUCGUGAACGCGAAGCACGCCGCAGAGCCGAAGAAUGGAAGGUUACAAAAAUGGUUCUCAUUAUUUUUUGCUCGUUUCUUGUCUGCUAUCUACCAAUCACCGUGGCAAAGGGAGCGACAAUUAUGAGAAUGUCUGCUUCAACUCAAUGUCCUUCCAUGAAAAACCUCGAAGUACUGGAUAUUCAAGAGACUCCAUUGGAAGCUCUGUCUACUAAAAGUAUACAACAAUCAAUAGAAGAGUUACCUAGUGUCAAUACACUGGGUGGCACUGCUCAAGACGAGCAAGUUCCGCCUUUAUCCUAAGAUAAUGUAAUCUAAAAAGUUAU